CGGUGUCAGAAGACUGGUUACGUGCGAUAGAUGAAUUGUUGUGUUUUGUGUGGUAGCGUAUAACGAUAAAAUUACAGAUUCGAGAAUAUGCCGGAGCCUGCUAAGUCUGCCCCCGCCCCGAAAAAGGGCUCAAAAAAAGCGGUGACAAAGACUCAGAAGAAAGGCGACAAAAAGCGACGCAAAACGAGGAAAGAAAGCUAUGCCAUUUACGUGUAUAAAGUGUUAAAACAGGUGCACCCGGACACUGGCAUCUCCUCCAAAGCAAUGGGCAUCAUGAACUCUUUUGUCAAUGACAUUUUCGAGCGCAUCGCAGGUGAAGCUUCUCGCUUAGCCCAUUACAACAAGCGGUCAACCAUCACGUCACGCGAGAUCCAGACCGCUGUGCGACUGCUGCUGCCUGGAGAGUUGGCCAAGCACGCCGUGUCUGAGGGUACCAAGGCUGUAACCAAGUACACCAGCUCCAAGUGAACUUGCCGUCCAUACGAUGUCAUCGAGAAGGCCUAAGGCUGACCCAUCACUUCAUGGCGGAGAACGAUGGCCAUUUUAACCACGUACUUACUACCGAAAACUGGAAAAAAUUACGCAAGCGUUUUGAUCACCAAGUAUGAAUGAACUCUCCACGUUGCGGCUGUUUUCUUGCUGACUUUGAUGUGCGCUGCUUAUGCUCAUUAUUAUGCGUCCAAAUCAGUUAAAACUGAAGACAUGCUACCAUUUAACUGUGACGUUCAUUGCAUGCACGUGUAUGGUUGCAGAUACAAGCGCAAUGUGAGCUGCUGGUCACUUGAAAUAAAUUUGAUAGGCUUAUAGGGUGCUUAAUUUCUCCAAUUUUGCCUUCAUCCUCAGAAGGACUUGCCUAUAUUAAAGGUUUUCCUCAAAUGGUGUAAAAUACAGACGACACCACGAGUUAAAAUCUGUCUAUAGCAUUAUUUUAAUGUGCUGUUAAGUAGCCAGUUGUAUGUAUGUAUAUAAACCCAUGUCUUAACUCCUGAAAUGUUUUUAUUUUUCGCUACUGUCUAAUAAAAUUUACCUUGAUUUAAUAUUCUAAAA